AAUCGCCGCGUCGCCCCGCCUCCCGGCUGGGUUUGAAAUUCCGCGGGGCCAACGGCUCGCAGAGGCGACCGAGAGCUAGGUGCGGCUGGUUACUGCGGCCGGACUCUGGCGGAGUGGCCCGGGGUUUCGACGACCUGCUGCGGGGAGCGUCCGUCAUGAGUGGAAGUGAGGUGUUGGUGGAGGAGUCCAUAACAUGUUUCCAGAAAGCCCUGAAUUACCUUUGGGAAAUCUGGGAAUCAAUUGGGAUUCCAGAGGAUCAGAAACUGCAGAGAACUGAAGUUGUAAAGAAGCAUGUCAAGGAGCUGCUGGACAUGAUGAUUGCUGAGGAGGAGAGCCUGAAGGAGCGGCUCGUCAAGAGCAUCGCCAACUGUCAGAAGGAGCUGAACACCCUGUGCAGCGAGUUACGCGUGGAGCCCUUUCAGGAAGAGGGCGAGACCACCAUCCUGCAGCUGGAGAAGGACCUGCGCACUCAGGUGGAGCUGAUGCGGAAGCAGAAGAAGGACAGGAAGCAGGAGCUAAAGCUGCUGCGGGAGCAGGACCAGGAGCUCUGCGAGAUCCUCUGCAUGCCACCCCACGAGAUGGACGGCACCACCGUGCCCAGCCUGGAGGAGCUGAACCAGCUCCGGCAGCGCGUGGCCACCCUGAGGGAAACAAAGGCAUCCAGGCGGGAGGAGUUUGUCAGCCUGAAGAGGCAGAUCAUAGCAUGCAUGGAGGAGCUGGAACAUGCCCCGGACACGAGCUUCGAGAGGGACGUGGUGUGUGAGGAUGAAGAUGCCUUCUGCUUGUCUCUGGAGAAUAUUGCCACCCUGCAGAAGCUGCUGUGGCAGCUGGAAAUGCGGAAGUCACAGAAUGAAGCGGCGUGUGAGAACCUGAGGGCCCAGAUCCGAGAGCUGUGGGACAGGUUGGAAAUACCUGCUGAAGAGAGAGAAGCUGUGGCCACGGUCAUGACGGGGUCGAAGGCCAAAGUCAGGAAAGCGCUACAAUUAGAAGUGGAUCGGUUAGAAGAGCUGAAAAUGCAAAAUAUGAAGAAAAUGAUUGAGGCCACGCGAGUGGAGCUGGCUCGGUACUGGGAGCAGUGUUUUUACAGCCAGGAGCAGAGAGAAGCCUUCACCCCGUACUAUGCCGAAGACUACACAGAAAGUCUGCUCCAGCUCCACGAUGCAGAGAUUGUGCGGUUACGAAACUACUACGAGGUUCACAAGGAACUCUUCGAAGGGGUCCAGAAGUGGAAGGAGAGCUGGGAGCUGUUCUUAGAGUUCGAGAGGAAAGCUUCAGAUCCAAGUCGAUUCACAAACCGGGGAGGAAAUCUGCUGAAGGAGGAAAAGCAGCGAGUCAAGCUCCAGAAGACACUCCCAAAGCUGGAAGAGGAUCUGAAGGCCCGGAUUGAAAUGUGGGAACAGGAGCAUUCAAUGGCAUUUAUGGUGAAUGGGCAGAAAUUCGUGGAGUAUAUGGCAGAGCAGCAGGAGAUGUACCGCCUGGCCAAGGAGCGAGCCAAACAGGAGCGGCAACUGAAGAACAAGCAGACAGACAGGCUCCUGUGCGGUACUCCCCGCACUCCCAGCAAGCGGCAAGGACUGGCACCCACCACGCCAAGCAAAGUACGCAAGCUGAACCCUGCCUCCAAUGCCAGCACCAUAAGCAGCAGUAACGGUCGACCUGUCUUUGGGGCAACCAUUUGCCGCUCCCCCGUGACGCGACUUCCUCCUUCUGGCAGCAAGCCAGUCCUCACUUCCUCCUGUUCAGGGAAGAAGACGCCCCACGCCAGCCGGCUGGCAGCCAACAAGGAGAACCUAGAGGUCAAUGAGAGCAUCCUGAGUGGUGGGUACCCCAGCUCGGCCCCCCUGCAGUGCAACUUCAGCAUUAACUCUGUUGCCAGCACCUAUUCUCAGUUUGCGCGAGAACUCUCAAAGGCUUCCAUAUCUGAUGCUACUGCACGAGUCCUCAAUUCCACCAACAUCCAGCCCUGAGAAGGUGGUGGCUUCCUGUGCCAAGGCCGAACCUCAGCGUAGGGGCUUCGCUUUCCCUGCAGCUUAGGACUUUCCCCGGGGCCUCCCUCCCGGGCCCUGGCUAGGUGGAACCAAGGAAGUCCAUCUAGGCGUAGUGUCAUCCCUAGAGACUUGGUUUUGUUUUUAUCUCAGAACUACAUUAAAGCGUUGUUUAUAGCUGUAAGUGCAAAUGCUACCACAGGGACCCGAUUUCUCUA